AUGUCCAAUACUCGACAAUUGCAAGGUUUUCUAAGCCCAAAGAAAAUCGAACAACUACGUCUCUGUGUAGAGAUUACGGAGAACAGAGCAAGAGAGAAGUGUAAAACAUUUUUCAGCUUUAGCUCAGAAGUAGAAGCUUCAUUAGUUGAGUCCAGAGACGAAAAUUACAGUGGGAGUUACGAUGGUUGCAGUUUGGAGAAGGAACAAGAGGACAAUGAGAAUGACUGCUCUAGUAAUGUGGAAGGAGAAAAACACGACGUAGUCGGAGAAGAUGAAAUAGACGGUUUGUCAUCUGAAGAUGAUAACUUCAGCUCAUACGGUGAGUCUCCUACAGAAGACGAAGAUUCACCAACGCUACCUCCCAAGAAGAGAUAUCAGAACUUCUCGAUGAGCAGAUCUAAAGGGAAUCUGGAGGUUCUAAGGUUGGAGAUGUCGUCGAUUGACAUUGCGGUAGGUCAACGAUACGAGAGUAAAGACGAUUUGGAGAGACGACUGAAACUUCUUACAGUGAGGCAUCAAUUUGAUUUUGAUGUAGAAACAUCAACCCCGACAUCAUACGUUGUUAAGUGUUGGGUUGAUGGAUGUCUCUGGAGAGUUCGUGCUUCUACCCAAGGAGAAUCCCCGGUGUUUUAUGUUCGUUUUUACGAUUCGAAGCAUACAUGUUCCUGGACAGAGCGUUCUAAUCGAUCUCGACAAGCAACACCAGAUAUUUUAGGAGAGUUGUACAAUAACUUUCUCGGCGACGGUUGUCCGGCCGUUCGCCCUACGAGUGUCGGAAUAGCUAUCACUAAGCAGUUUGGUAUAAAGAUGGAUUAUUGGAAAUCACAUCGGACGCUGAAAUUUGCAAGGGAAAUCGAUGAGCGAACACCUGAGUGUGGGUUUGAAAGCUUGCCUUCUUACUUAUACAUGAUAAGAAGGGCAAAUCCGAGAACAGUUACACGUCUUCAAAUCGAUGAGCUUGGAAGAUUCAUGUAUGUGUUUCUUGCCUUUGGUGCGAGCGUAAAUGGGUUUCCUUUCAUGCGCAAAGUUGUUGUAGUCGAUGGUACGUUUCUCAAUGGUAAAUACAAAGGGACGCUACUCACAGCACUAGCUCAGGACGGGAAAGCAAUUAGAAAUGUGUAUCCGUUAGCUGCUCGGGGAAUAUGCACCUACCAUUUAUAUAAGAACAUAUUGGGACGGUACAAAGGAAAAGAUGCAUUCCGUCUGGUGAAGAAAGCGGCAAGAUGUUUUAGGAUGUCUGACUUUACUGCGAUUUUCGAGGAGAUUGAAGCGAUUAAUCCUGCACUCCACGGCUACCUCCAAAGACCUGAUGUCCAACUGUGGACGCGUGUUCAUUUCCCGGGCGAGAGAUGGUUUGCUGAACGGAGAGAGGAUGCCAGGUCGCAGCCAACGACGCUUACGCGUGGUGUCGAGAAACUACAACAUGGUCAUGUAACUGCCGCCAGAGAGUUGACGGUCCAAAGGAUUGAUGAACAUCACACUGAAGUUAAAUAUGGAUCUUCUAGCGAGUCUUUGAAUGUUGUUAAUUUGGUAGACCGAAAGUGCACAUGUCAGCGUUUUGAACGCGAGAAAUUACCAUGUGUGCACGCAAUCACAGCUGUGGAGUACAACAAUGUUUGUCGUAUAUCCCUGUGCAGUCCUUACUAUAACAGUGCAUAUUUGGUGAGCGCAUACGCUGAAUCGGUCAUGCCGGCUGACUNNAGGAUGAAAUCUGCUUUAGAAGUUGCACUUCAAAACAAACGUCCUAGGAAAGAACACACAUGUUCUCGAUGUAGACAAAGUGGACAUAAUGCGAAAACCCUUCCGAUGUAA